GGCUUGUUCGAGCGGCGUUUUCUGAAACUCAUUUGAGACCAAGGGGCAGCGUUAUGGGGAACAACAUCGCCAAGCUUGCGCAAGACGAGUACUGGGAUGAAGUCAAGAACCGCAUCCUCAUGCGCACCGUGGAAGACGUGAACUCGACUGCUGGCGUGCUCGAGUGGACGGCGCUGUGCUUUGCGAGCUGGAAAGGACAAUUGGAGAUUACGUCGCUUCUGCUGCACUAUCGAGGCAUUGAGAUCAACAAAGCCAACAGCGUAUGUCCAUUCCCAGUGCAACAUGUUCAUGUUUAAGACGUAGGAUGGGAAUACGCCGCUCCACGAAGCCGCCAAGCACAGCCACGUCGACAUUGUGGUCCUUCUUAUGAAUGCAGGCGCCAACCCCCAUGUGAUCAACCACGACGGCUUGAAACCGCUGGACCUCGCGUCCGACAACGACAUCACCUACUUCCUCGGCAUGUGCAUGUUGCCCGUGGCGGUGUGUGCAGAGCGAUGCGAGUGGCGCGAAGUUAAGCGGCGCCUCCGCGCUCGACAGAUCAGCGACAUCAACGCUUCCUUUGGCGAGAAUGGAUGGUCGCUCUUGACGUUUGCCACAUUGCACCACCAAGUGGACAUUGCGACCUUGCUUGUCCGGUACAAGCACAUUGACGUGAACUUUGCCAACCGGGCGGACGGCACCACCGCACUGCACGAAGCCGCGGCGCAAUCCCACGUGGAACUAGUCAAGCUUCUUCUGUCUGCCGGUGCAGAUACGUCCCAGCGCAACGCGGCUGGCCAAGUGGCGUAUGACGUGGCCACGUCUCCUGACGUACAGAAUUUGCUCAUUGAAAGCACCGUAGCUGGCUUCAACACUCCGACUGAUGUCCAGACAUGUGCACAUUGCACUUAUGUAAAUCCCGCGACCCACGUCGCAUGCCAGAUCUGUGGCCUUGACCUGAACCCCGAGGCCAAGAAGACUAGCAACGUGGACGAACUGCUGGAGCGUAUCCAUGCGCUGGAAGAAGCCAACCUGUGCGCAAUCUGCCAGGAGUAUGUCAAGGACACUGUGUUUGGGUGUGGCCACGAGACGUGCGCGACGUGCGCCGCCAAGCUGACCGAGUGCCCGCACUGUCGCAUACUCAUCGUGACUCGCAUUCGACGUUACAUUUAAAAAAUCAAAGGGUUAAGCAUCGCGCAGCAACGAGGCAAAGUCGAUGCACGCUUCGUAGUGUUUGGCACAAGAGAGUACUUUGUUGACGUCGGUGGCGUUGAAUUUGGCUAGCCACUCGUAUGUGAAUAUAAAAGUGACACAGUGUCACAGAUAUAGAUAGAGAGAUAGAAUGUCAA